AAUUUCUGGUCGACUGUACUUAUAACUGGUUGCAUAACCUCCACCUUAUGUAAUAACAUAAACACGGAAGAGCCAAUAAAACCUUUCAGCUGUUAUUUUUUCAAGGUUUUUCUAAUUUAUUCUCAUGUUGAACAAACUCACGAGUGGUCUAAGACUGCUUCGCAUUUUUAACAAAAUUCUUGACAAUACUUGUCAGCAAUUCCAUUCUGCGUUAUUUUAUACAAAAAUGGGCUCGCAACUGUAUUUGAAGCUCCCAAGUGGGCAAAAACUGCCGGCUUUGGGCCUAGGGACUUGGGAGGCGAUAAGCGAUGAAGAAAUCGAAACUGCGGUCAACAACGCCCUAGAUUUAGACUAUCGGCACAUUGACACAGCUUGGGUUUAUGAAAAUGAGGCGGCGAUUGGGAAAGUGUUGAAAAAACGCUUUGCUUCCGGCUUGAAAAGACAGGACGUUUUUAUUACGACUAAACUUCCGAUGACGGGGGUUCACCCAGACAGGGUUGACAUGUUUAUAAAAAAGUCAUUGACGAAUUUGCAAUUGGAUUACGUCGAUUUGUACUUGAUUCAUUUCCCCGUUGGUUGUACUUAUUACGAGGGGGAAGCACGGCCCAGAUUUAACGAUAAAGGGGAGAUUGAGACUGAGGGAAAGACCGACCACGUCGCCCUGUGGAAGAAAAUGGAAGAGCAGGUUGAUGCCGGAAGGGCCAAAAAUAUCGGUUUAUCAAACUACAACAUUUCUCAAAUUGAAACCGUGCUAAAAAACGCAAAAAUUAAACCCGCCGCACUUCAAGUCGAACUCCACGUCUAUUUGCAACAACGCGAACUUGUAGAAUUUUGUCAAAAAAACGGAAUUGCUGUUAUUGCCUACUCUCCUUUGGGGAAUCCCGGCAUGAACAAGUUUUUGCAAAAAAUGGGCCAACAACCCAGACAGUUGGCAAAUAUUUUGGAAGAUGCAAAAAUUAGUGAGAUUGCAAAAAAACACAAAAAAACACCAGCUCAAGUGGCGUUACGUUUCUUGAUUCAGAGGGGCAUUGCGGUUAUUCCUAAAAGUGUAACGCCGAAACGAAUCGAUGAAAAUCGAAAAUUGUUCGAUUUUGUGUUGAGUGACGAUGAGAUGAAAACUUUGUAUGGUUUAAAUGUGGGGGAGGCGGCCAGAGUUUGCGAUUUUAAGGUCUUUGGAGGACUUGAUAAACACCCCGAUUUCCCGUUCGCACAAAAAUGAGCUUUUUUAAUUGAAACAUUACAAUGUGACCGGAUGUUGGUUGCAUAACCCAUGAUAUAAAAUGAUUAUGUUGUAUUUUACCCUUUACUUAAUAAAUAAUCAAAUAAAUAGCAAA